AUGAUACUGGCGACAAACAGCAUCAAAAAGAUUGAAAAGGCGAGUAAAUCGGAUGAUAACCAGCAGUUACUGAGUAGUAUGCAGGAAGAAAUAGAUAAGAACGACCAGGAGCUGUUAAGCACUAUUACGACCUCAUAUGCGCAAAUCAUAGACUUUUGCAUAACGCUGAACGGGGUGAACGAAUCUUUGGAGAAUCUGAUCGAAUUAAACAACCAGAGCAACAGCUACUUGCAGGACACCGCACAGAAGAUUAAAACAAAUCUUGAAGAGUUGAAGAGUAUCGAUGAGACAGAAAAAAAUAUCGAUGAUGCGUUAAUUGCGCUCCAAAAAAUUGAUAAGUUUGAUGUUUUGAUCGAAACGCUGCAGGAAACAACCGAUAUUUGUGAAAUAGUUGCCAAAUUGCAGGAACUUGAGAGAUAUUCGCUUGAUUUCAGGAAGUUCAGUUUUUACAACAAGUUUAAUUUGAGGUUGAUCGAUAACAGAGAUAAAGUACUGAAGAAAAUUAAAAAUAACGUGAAAGAGUGGAUAAACCAGAUCAAGGAAUUGUUCAAUUUCUUGGGAUGCGAAUUUGUGAAGAAGAUGAGCGCUGAGCACUCGGUAAUUUUUGAUUUUCGAUAUGAUUUGGAAAAGAAUGUGCCGAUCCAGGAAGUAUACGAUUUCUUGUACAUUUUUGGAACGUUGAGGGAUAGGCGAGAAAUUAUAGACAAAAUGAAUUAUUUGAGAAAGAAUCUUAUGCUUGGUCUUAUCAACGAGCAUAGUGAUGUACAAAACGAUGUAUACAAUGUGAUAGGCUUUCUUCUUAUAGAUUUUUAUCUGCUGGAUGUGGACAUAUCGUUUGAUUUGAAGGAGAAUUACGGAGAAUUGGUGCGUGGUUUGUUGCAAAGCAUGAGGGACAAACAGUCUGAUGUUUAUGAGCGAAAGAACGAUCUUCUGGUUUUGAAGAUGGCUCUGAUGAUGCUUAGUUACAGGUACAAAGAUGCCGACGAUGAGCUGUUCAAACUGAUAUUUGCGUUUUUCCAAGAGGAGAAAGCCAGCAUUAAGAAGUUCACAGAUAUUGAAGCUUACAUCGAAAAAUGCAAAGAGAUCAUGAAAGGAUAUUUGAUUAGAGAUGUUCAGAUGUUGUUUUACAAAAAUGUUGAUGAUCUGCUGUUGGAGUACUUUUGUCUUGACGAGGAGUACCUGAGGGUUUUAGAUAGAGUGUGUGAUGAGUUUGCCGGUUAUAAAUUCAGGGCACAGAACAAAAGGGAGAAAGAGACAGCAAGCAACUACAACAAAAUCAAGGAUUAUCACCGCAAUGUAAUGGAUAAAGCGUUGGAUGAACAAAAUAUUGACGAGUUUAACAAGUUGAUUCAGAAAGAAACCAGCGAGUUGAAUGGUAUGCAGCUUAAUGAUAGCCAGAAGAAAGGAUUAGUUGAUGAAAUUAAGGCAUAUUGCUUGAGUAAAUUGCAAAGAAAAGAAAAACUUAACGAUCCGAAGAACAAAAUCAAUUACAACGCUAAAAGAGCGCUAUUAAUGAAAAUGUUUGAUCAAAACUUACGUUUGUAGAAGUAUUUCAUUAAACUCAGC